AUGGAUCAGAUACAACACAAGUAUGUUGACAUUAGAGGAGUGAAGCUUCAUAUUGCUGAGAGUGGAACUGGUUCUUUGGUGGUGGUUUUUAUACAUGGGUUCCCAGAGAUAUGGUAUUCAUGGAGACACCAAAUGAUUGCUGUUGCUAAUGGUGGGUAUCGUGCAAUUGCUCCAGAUUUAAGAGGUUAUGGAUUAUCUGAGCAUCAUCCAGAUCUUGAAAAGGCAUCAUUCGAUGACUUUGUGGAGGACGCCGUUGCUAUCCUUGAUUAUUUUCAAAUUAAGAAGGCCUUCAUGGUUGGAAAAGAUUUUGGUUCCUGGCCUGUUUAUCUACUCUCUCUUCUCUAUCCAACAAGAAUUUCUGGAAUAGUUUCACUGGGUGUGCCCUUCUUUCCUCCUAGACCUCUAAGAUACAAGGACCUUCCUGAAGGUUUCUACAUCCACAGGUGGAAGGAACCUGGACGUGCCGAGGCCGAUUUUAGCAGAUUUGAUGUUAAAACUGUGUGGAGGAAUAUCUACGUUAUCUUUUCAAGAAACAAAAUCCCUAUAGCAGAGAAAGAUAAGGAGAUUAUGGAUUUGGUGGAUCCAUCCACCCCUCUACCAUCAUGGUUAAGCAAUGAGGAUCUUACAAUCUAUGCAAAAGCAUAUGAAAAAUCAGGAUUUGAUUCUCCAAUGCGAGCCCCCUACAAGGGACUGCACAAAGAGUUCACCAUCAGAAAUCCAAAAGUUCAAGUACCAGUGCUGCUAAUUAUAGGUGGGCAAGACUAUUUCCUUAAAUUCCCUGGGAUUGAGGACUACAUAACAAGUGGGAAAGUAAAAGAAUACAUGUCUGAUCUAGAGAUCAAAACUUUGCUAGAAGGAAACCAUUUCGUCCAAGAGCAAUUUCCUGACCAGGUAAAUCAGCUAAUCAUCGACUUCCUUGAGAAACACAUUUGA